UUCAGUUCAUCCAACCCUUGCAGACAAGAUAACACCCUGGACAUGGCCUCAAAGAUCGACAUGUCAAGCCCAGUGUGCCUCAUUGAGAACAUUAAUGAGCAACUGAUGGUUAAUAAGGAAGCUUUGAACAUCUUGUCUGGCAUCAAGCAGCCUCUUGUGGUGGUGGCUAUUGUGGGCCUCUACCGCACAGGCAAAUCCUACCUGAUGAACAAGCUAGCUGGGAAGAAACGCGGGUUCUCUGUGGGAUCCACAGUGCAGUCUCACACCAAGGGAAUCUGGAUGUGGUGUGUGCCUCACCCUAAUAUACAAAAUCACACCCUAGUUCUGCUUGACACUGAGGGCCUGGGCGAUGUAGAGAAGGUUGAUGAGAAGAAUGAUACCCAGAUCUUUGCUCUGGCAAUACUUCUGAGCAGCAUCUUUGUAUAUAAUAUAAUGAACAAAAUUGACCAGGAGUCUAUUGACCUACUAUACAAUGUGACGGAACUGAUAAAUCUGCUCAAGGCAAGAUGCUCACCUGAUUAUUAUAAGGUUGAAGAUGCAGCUGACUCUGUGAGAUUCUUCCCAGAUUUAGUGUGGACUCUGAGAGAUUUCUUUCUAGAGCUGGAAAUAGAUGGGCAAGUCAUCACAGCAGAUGAAUACCUGGAGAAUUCACUAAGACCAAAGCAAGGUACUGAUAAAAGAGUUCAAAAUUUCAACUUGCCCCGUCUGUGUAUACAAAAGUUCUUUCCAAAGAAGAAAUGCUUUAUUUUUGAGUUGCCCAGUGAUCGGAAGAAGCUUGCCCAACACGAGAUUCUACGUAAUGAUGAGCUGGAUCCCGACUUUGUCCAACAAGUGGCAGAAUUCUGUUCCUACAUCUUCAGCCAUUCCAAGAUCAAGACUCUUCCAGGAGACAUCAAGGUCAAUGGACCUCGUCUAGAGAACCUGGUGCUGACCUAUGUCAAUGCCAUCAACAAUGGGUUUCUGCCUUGCAUGGAGAAUGCAGUCCUGGCCAUGGCCUGGAUAGAGAACUCAGCUGCAGUGCAAAAGGCCAUUGCCCACUAUGACCAGAAGAUGGUCCAGAAGGUGCAACUGUCUACAGAAACCCUCCAGGAGCUGCUGGACCUGCACAGGGCCAGUGAGAGAGAGGCCAUCCAAGUCUUCAUGAAGAGCUCCUUCAAGGAUAUGGACCAAAAGUUCCUGGAGACAUUAGAGAUUCAGCUAGAAGCAAAGCUGGAAUACUUUUGUAAGCAGAAUCUACAAGCAUCAUCAGAUCGUUGCUCAGCUCUCCUUCGGGAUAUUUUCAGCCCUCUAGAAGAAGAAGUGUGUCAGGGGAUUUACUAUAAACCAGGGGGGUAUCUUCUCUACACUCUGAGGAGGGAAGGGCUGAAGAAAACUUACUGCGAAGAGCCCAGAAAGGGAAUAAAGGUAUUCCUAAUUUACCUAUAA